UCAGAAUUGCAAGAAAUGUAAAAGGAUGGAAUCUUCAAUGGAUAAUGAAGAAAGAUUAAAAUUUGAAAGUAAGAUGGUAGAGGAAUUUGAGUCAUUUGGAAUUCUAGUUUAACACCUGGUCAUAAGAAUUAAAUAAGUGACAAAGUAGCAGAUGAAUUAAGACACAAACAUUUUUUAUUCAAUUAUAUGACUACAGACAACAUUUAACAGCAUCUGGAGUUGCUUUAGAUUGGCCUUAUGGCA